GCCACUCUUGUCUCGACUUGAAUUCGCGGACAGGACCCUUUACACACUCCAGCUCACCAGCCAAGGCCACCCACGAUGCACUCUAUUCCGCCUGCUCUUGUGGCGCUAGCCCUCGUCGCCUUGCUGCUUGUUGCCGCUGCCGCGGCAGAAAAUGCGCGCCCGUCGUCUUUGUUCGCCCAGGAUGCAGCCGCGCCCACCAGGCCCCGCUAUGUUCCCCUCACCGCAAGUCCUACCCCCAUCGGCAAGGAGACAGCCAAAAGCUCCAAACCCUCGUCCAAACCCUCGUCCAAGUCGUCCAAGUCGUCCAAGUCGUCCAAGUCGUCCAAAGACUCGAAAGCUCACCCGCCGUCAGUCCCACCGACUUCGAGCGCGUGCAUCCCCGGCGUACCUACCACUUUUGUGGCCGAACAAACAGCUCCACCCGAUUCGCGCAUUGACUCGCCCUCGACCCUCACGUACGACUCGCCAACGUUUGGCCCUGGCAGCGUUAUCACCUGCACCAACAUCCUCGGCAAGGGCAAGAAGCGCGGCGGCAUUUCGAUCGUUGUCCGCAACUCGGCCAACGUCGUCGUCGCCGACACCAAGCUCAAGGGUGAGACCCGCGGCGCGUGGUGCCGUCUCUCCGGCGACGGCUCGACCCUCCUCGUCGCCACCACUCUCCUUGGCCGCAAGCUUGGCACGACCAAGUCCAAGCCGUCCCCGCUCGAUGACGUCUGGCAUCCCCGUGUCAUCGCCAUCACCAUCUCGUCGCUCGCCGCCCGUUCUCGCUCCCGGGCCCAGACCCACACUCGCGCGGAUUGUUGCACCAUCGAUUCGUUCUUUGACAUCGACUAUGGCGACUACGGCUCCCGCUCCCGCGGUAUCGUCGGCAUGGAGGCAGGUACGGGCGCACGCGACGUCCAUUUCUUGCUCGCCCCCAUAGAUGCGUCCGACAAACGGCUGCUCUCAGCCUUUGUCGACCUUGACAAGCCCGAUGCCGCCGAGGUGCGAGAGGAAGAGUCCGGAACUAUCGCCCUUGCCAUCGACACUCUCAGCAAGACUCCACAAGUCUACGCCUUUGUUGUCACUGACGAGGAGGUGCUCAAGACCCCACCGCCCAAGACAGCUUUGCCGAUCAAGAUCGGGACCCGUGCCUUUAUUCGCCGUGGCAAGAUUAAGAAGCGGGUUGUGUCCUCCUACCGCUAUGUCGCCGUCGUCUCAACCGACCUCGAUCCCGGCUUCAACCCGGGCGGCAUCACCGUCUUUGGCCCGAGCAUCGUCACCGUCCACGGCACUGUUGAUGGUGAUGACGCAACCAAGAAGCCUGGCACGGCCGUGCUCCUCACCGUCCACGCCGACCCGUCGCUGCCCGACAUCUUCCGCGUCACCGUUCCCGUCAACUCAUUCCGCCAGCUCAAGCCGGGCACCCUUUUGAUUUCCCCCCCGAUCUCCAAGACGCGCACCGCGUCGGCUUCGCCUACCACAUCGAGAGGCAUAAUUAACGGGGGAAAUCUUGUGGUUGCCGAUGAUGCUUCGCUCACCCUCUUUUCCGUCUCGUGCCUCUCGGUCGACUGCUUCAAGUAUGAGGUGGCGUACACAACCUCGGUCCCGCUAACGCCCGCCAAGACCACCCGCACUUCGUUUGCUGUACUUCUCGGCUCUGGGAGCGCGUCGUCAUCGGCUUCAGUAUGCUCUGACCUCGAUGCAAAAAACCGCAUCGUCGUCGUUCGCGCCUCUUGCAUCGCGCCCGCGACAACGCCAGUCUUGCCGUCGCCGGUCAGCCCGGUCGCCGCCACAGGUAACGUCCAGGGUUCGGUCUCCAACGUUGAUGACAACCAAGCCAACGCCUCCAAGCCCUCUGGCCUCUCGUCGACCUCGAGUAUUGUCGCUCUCGCUUCCGCUGCCGUUGUUUUCAUCGCUUUCGCCGCUUCCGCUGCCUUUGGCUAUGCGAGGCACUCUCGGCGCGCUCGCGCCGUAGCCCGAGACCCUCCACUCGACGUCGUAUCAGCGUCAGCCUCGUCUUCAGCCCUCGACCCGUCUGAAUCAAGCGUGUAGUAGUGGCGUCCAACUGGCCGCCAACCCUUUCCUAAAACGCUACCGUGUUUUA